AUGAGAUUAGCUCUGAACACCUUUAAAUUUUCAACAUUAAAAUUCAAAGCUGCAAAGCUUAAAGAAUAUAACAUCCCAGCUCUUGAAUCUGCCAAUACAAAAUUAAAUACUCUUUGGCUUCAUGGUCUGUUUGAUAAUUCAAAAAAUUUCCUAAAUGUUGCUCAAAAAGAGUAGUUAAGAAAAACUACCAAUUAAACUUUACUUGAUGCUCGUAACCAUGGCUUAUCAUAACAUUUAGAAACAAUAACAUUUGAAGAGAUGGCCUACGAUUUAGUUGAAUAUAUAGCUAAGAAAGACUUAAAAGAUUUAAUUUUGCUUGGGCACAGCAUGGGAGGCCGUACAAUUAUGGCUGCGCUAAAUGACUACCCAAAUUUCUUAAGCGACAGAGUAAAGGGAGUUAUUAUUGUAGAUGUCAUGCCAAGCUCAUAUGCUUUUGCAGGAUCUGGACCUAUAGACCAAAUGUAUCGCUUUAUGACAGAAAUGAAAUCUAUCAAUAUUCAUGGAAAAACAAUUAAUUAAGUCAAAGAAGAUAUCAAAUCAAAAUUUGAAUAAGAGUCUUUACAAAAAACUAUGCUCAAUAAUAUACAAGUAUUACCAAAUGGUCAAUUAAAAUGGUGUAUAAAUUUUAGUGCCUUUGAAAGAUCAUUUAACGAUAUUUUGAGCCAUGAAACUAAAGACUGCUUUUGGAGAGGACCUAGAAAAGUUAUUAUCGGAGGAAAAUCUAAAUUUACAAGUUUAGAAAGAGUUAAGAAUGAUUUCCCUUCCGUAUUUUUUGAUUUUAAUUUACAAAGAGAUGUAACUGUGUUCGAAAACUCAGCACAUUUCCUUUAUGCUAAAGAACCAGAUAGAUUUGUUGAUGAAGUUACUUCAUUUAUUAAAAGAGUUCAAGAAGAAGAUAGUCCCUAAAUUGAAAAUGAGCAUUUCAUAAAUGAAGGGUUAGCUUUAGAAAUUUGA